UGUAUAUAUACCAGAUACUUUGAUGUGGGGGAACACAAAGCAGCAACAAUGGGUGUUUUCUUUGACUUGUGGUUCUUCAGUGCCAUUUUUCUCUUCGGGAUUCCAAGAGAUCAAUGUGCAGAUAUAAUUGGAGGGAAAGAGUCGAAACCACACUCAAGACCUUAUAUGGCCUUAAUCAAAGGACGCCAGCUCUGUGGAGGAACGUUGAUCAAACCCAACUGGGUGUUAACAGCAGCCCAUUGUCUGGAGAAAAGUCCCACAGUUGUUCUUGGAGCUCAUUCAUCUGCUACACGUGAGGAUACCCAGCAGAUAUUUAGGGUUGCUAGACAAAUUGCUCACCCAUGCUAUGAUGAGACGACAAAAGAACAUGACCUUAUGCUUCUGCAGCUUAAUGGAACAGCAAAGAUUAACAAAGAUGUGAGAACCAUUAAGCUUACCAAAAAGGGCGAUGAUCUCAAGGCAGGAACCAAGUGUCAAGUAGCCGGAUGGGGAAUUACUCAAAACAGACAGAAGAAGCCAUCUGAUACCCUGCGUGAAGUUGACGUCACCGUCAUUGACAGAAAAAAAUGCAAUGAUGGCUAUAAUCCUCCUGUUGUGACAAUGACUAUGGUGUGCGCUGGAGACAAGAAGGGAGGAAAGGAUGCGUGUGUGGGUGACUCGGGUGGUCCUUUGAUAUGUAACGGGGAACAAAAAGCCAUUGUAUCCUUUGGUGGAAAAUCAGCAUGUGGUAAUAAACGUCAACCUGGCGUCUAUACUCUUCUCACAAAGAAGCAUAUCUCCUGGAUACAAAAGACGAUUGGAGAGGAAACAGUGCUCGCAGACAGCACACCAGGCCAUGCCAUUCUGGAGUUACCGACAUCUCACUGUGGGGGGGCGCAGACAAUGGGGCGUGUCUUUGUUUUGUGCUUUUCCAUGACCAUUUUCCUCCUCAAAAUUCAGAAAGGUCAACCUCAAGAUAUAGUUGAAUGGAUAGAAGAAGGUCACCCUUUAGGAUCAUAUAUGGUUGCACUCAUCAAAGGAAAUGGCGUGUCCUGUGGAGGAACUUUGAUCAAAGAGAACUGGGUGUUAACAGCAGCCCAUUGUUUUCCGGAUGAAGAAGCAUACAUGAUUUUUGGAGCUUAUUCACGAACUAAAAUGGAGCAUGGAAAACACAAGGCUAACAUUACCAAAACAUUUUCUUACCCAGGAUUUAAUCCGAAGACAUUUGAAAAUGAUAUUAUGCUUUUGCAGUUUCAGUCAGGAAAAGGCCACCCUCCACCUGUAAAAACCAUUUCACUUACCCACUCAUAUGAUGACAUCAAGGGUGGAACCCAGUGUGUCGUAAUUGGGUGGGGAACAAUUAAUAGAAGAAGCGGAUUUGAUACACUGCAUGGAGCCAACGUCACCAUCAUUAGCAGAAAGGUCUGCAAUGACAAGCACCACUAUAAUUCUCACCCUCCUCUGACAAUGAAUAUGCUGUGUGCUGGUGAAAAGAAAGGCGGUGGGGACAGGUGUAUGGGUGACUCUGGUAGUCCUUUAAUAUGCCAUGGGGAACAAACUGGAAUCCUCUCAUUUGUUAGAAAAUGUGAAAGUCACCGAUACCCUGGCGUCUAUGCUCGACUCACAGCCAACCACCUCUCCUGGAUAGACACAGUCAUGAACAAUGGCACUAGCUGAUCACAUGAUUUUAUGAUACUCAUUUUUUAUACAUAUUGAUGAAGCUUU